AUGACACCCAUAAUACCACAACUCCUCGCCACCUCCCUCGGACUACAUCUCCUCACCGCAAGCGUUCUCGCCCAACAACAACAAGAACAACAACAACAACAAGAAUACGCACAAACCACCCUCCCUCCCAUUCCCAUCGAAACCCCCAACCCGAACCCAGACCAAAUCGUCGUCUGCGCCCCUCUAGAAAACCAAGAACAAGCACAAGAAAACCAAAGCGACAACGACAUCCCCCAACCAACCCUCCUCAACAACUCUCUAUGCUCCACAUACGCCGCUCUAACAAGUUUCUCGAGCCUGCCCAGCAACGAAAUUUUCACUGGAAUUUUGACUGCGAGUGAGACGCGCUUUACCACUACUGCUGCUGCUAUUACAACAAUGAUGCCCGGUACAAAUACUACUACUCUUACAGGGACGGCGACGAGGACCAAGGAGAGUGGAUCUAAAGCUUCUGCGACGGAGGGGGGUAAUAGCGGACAACAACAGGGAAGUGGUGCGCAGAGGCAGCAGGGAGUUUCUUCGGCGAUGAUGGUUUGGGAGAGGGUUUUGGUUGCAGUUGUGUUGGGGGGAGUUGUCGCGGGGGGAAUGGUGGGGUUAUAG